UCAAAAGGUACGCCCUUAGUUAGGUCUUAUCACUAAGAUAAGUGUGUAAGUCCCUUACAGCUGUUUGCUGGGAUGGAAACAAAAUAAAAAGUGAGAAAAAUGUAUAAUCUCGCUCAGUUGCGAUCGGCCAACACACGUAGCUAUAGUUGGCUGAGUGGAAAGUGUCGGAAAAUCUGUGACAGUCCCGUCUGCGGUCUAGAAAGAGAGAAGAACGAAGAGUGGAGGGCCGGAAGAACGAGAGCGCGAGAAAGAUCGAACGUAUACGUAAUACGGCUAACGCUGCGUAUACGCAAUAUGGAACUAGAUCACUCCGAGGCUGUCAAAAUAUUAAAAAAUGUCAAGAGAGGCGAAAAUGUUGAAAUUUUGGACUACCAAAUGGAUAAAAAUCUGAAUGCGGUUGGUUAUCUUGGCGAUUACUACAAUCUGUCUAUAAAGUAUUGUAGUGAUGGAGCUGUUCAAGAAGUGCAGCUAUUUAUUAAAGCUCUUCCAUUACUGAGUGCAGAAUUGCAAAAGGAGGCUAUUUUCCAGAAGGAAGCCUGGCUCUAUGAAACCCUUCUGGCUGAUAUGAGAAAAUAUUCCAGUGUCAAAUGGUGCCCGGAGUGCUAUUACACUCGUUCUGAUGUCAUGGUCUUGGAGAAUAUCACAUUAAAAGGCUACAAACAGUCUGGAUCUACCGAAUUGAAUGAUAUUCAUAUAAAUCAGUUAUUAAAGUCCAUGGCAGCUUUUCAUGCUGCCAGUUUUGUUUACGAACAUCGAACUGGGACCAAUAUUGGCCAGGCCUACGGCGAUCAUUUGCUGGAGAUUACUGUAGCCUCGGAAAUAGCCUGGUUCACCACAGGGCUCUCAGCGGUUCUGGCAACUAUACGAAGCCUGCCCCAAUACCAAGGAGCCAAAGACCUCGAGUUUAUAGACACCAAACUAAAGUGUAUAUUGGAAGAAAUUUACGAGCAGGCGGCUCCUUCGAAAAAGUACAAGAAUGUCCUGUCUCAUCGGGAUCUUUGGUCGGGAAAUAUCUUCUUCCCAAUUGAUGAAACCGAGCCAGCUCUACUGAUUGACUUUCAAACUUGUCGAUAUACUCCCCCAGCAGCGGAUUUAAAUUUCUGUCUUUAUCUAAACCUAAUUCCAAAGGAUCGAAGACUGAAGGAAAAACAAUUUAUUGAUUUGUAUUACAGAUAUUUGCAAGAUAAUCUUGUAGACAUAGGCCUACAGAAUCUACUCAUCAGCAAGGCAGAGCUUCUAGAAUCCUAUGAAGAUUUCAGAUUAUUCGGCACCGUCUAUCGAGCUGUGGCAGCCACAAUUGUCAAGGUUCCAGUCGAGUUCGUUACUAAUGAUUUCAAGUACGUGGAUCGAUCUGAAGUUAUCCUGAAUUACAUGAGGACCAAUCAGGAGUUUAGGAUCUACAUGGAGGAGUGCUGUGUGGAUGUCAUGAAAAUAGCCUUGACGAGGGAUGCCAGGGCAGCCAAGUGA